AGCCGCACAUACACAAUCAAAGGCAUCUCACUGUUUGAUUCUCCCAUAAAAACACAGAAGGAAAAAUCAAGCGGAAUAAAAGCCCAAAAGCUUUCCAUCUUCUGGGUGAUUUGGAUGCGCUCAGACUCCAUCACCAAUCAAACCAUCAGGCAUUAAAACGGAUCUGAAGCGCUUGUCAUGGAUUCACAAUUUUUGACAAAAAAUUAUUUCUUUAAGAUGUUGGAGUGAUUAUGAACAUGUGAACACAAUGAAGUUGAAGUUUAUGCAUAGCACAUCAGUCUGGAUUCGACGCGUGUGCCCGGAGGACGCUGGAGAGGUAUCUAUCAUGAUCAGUACCCAACCCAAGGGCUGGCAGUUUCUAAAGCAGUAUUGACUCCAGCCUGAUUUAAGCAUCUCACCAUUUAAUGCCAACAAUGGCCCUGACCUGCCUUUGUGAGCCCGUAAAUGUAUCAGAGCAGGACUUUAUAUUCUGCAACAGCACCACAUUUAACAUCAGUGGAAAUGAGAGUGGACGCUGUAACCUUCAGACCCUGGAUGAACUUCUGUUUAGGCUCCUGGGCCCUAGACGAUCUCCAUUCUUUUAUCCCGUAACCUUCGCGUACAUUUUCAUUUUCAUCACGGGCGUCGUUGGGAACCUCCUGACCUGCACCGUAAUCCUUAAGGACAUGAAGAUGCGAACGCCCACUAACCUUUACCUUUUCAGUCUGGCUAUCUCAGACCUUCUUGUGCUUUUAUUCGGGAUGCCCCUGGAGAUCUAUGAACUGUGGCAGAACUACCCCUUCCCGUUUGCAGAAUGCAUCUGCUGCUUCAAGGUCUUCUUGUUCGAGAUGGUGUGCUUUGCAUCCGUGCUCAAUGUCACAGUGCUGAGCGUGGAGCGCUACUUUGCUGUGGUGCACCCGCUCAAAACCCGCUACGCCAUAACCAACAAGCACGCCCAGCGGGUUAUUUCUUGUGUUUGGGCGAUGGCGUUGUUCUGUGCCAUUCCCAACACCUCGCUCCAUGGCUUGCAGUAUUACUACCUGCCAGAGAAAGUGCUGGAAUCGGCUACUUGCAACCUGCUCAAACCUAAAUGGAUUUAUAACUUGGUGAUCCAGGUCACCACCAUACUUUUUUAUUUUGUCCCCAUGAUGGUGAUCAGCGUGUUGUAUCUGAUGAUUGGUCUGACACUGGGUAGAGGACAGAAGCAGAAGAAAGGCAAACUGGGCAGGAACCACAGCAAUGACAGCUGGAAAAUUCAUUUGGACCGAGGACUGAGAAGGCAGGUCACCAAGAUGCACUUCGUGGUGGUGUUGGUCUUUGCCAUUUGUUGGGCUCCAUUCCACAUCGAUCGACUCUUGUGGAGCUUCAUCACGAAUUGGACGGACCACAUGCAUAACAUAUUUGAAUACGUGCACAUAAUCUCGGGCGUGCUGUUCUACCUUAGCUCCGCUGUUAACCCGAUCAUCUACAACCUGCUCUCCAGUCGCUUUCGCGAACGCUUUCGAGCGCUGGUGUGCCGCCACCUGCCGUCGCGCUCUUCUCGUAAUGAUUCUACACCAUUUCACAUCAUCAACAAAGACUCCCCGACUGAUUCCCAGCGCCAUGGCUAACCGCGGCGACACGAAGCCCACAUCCCUUUGUGAUUAUCAGCAGCGGCUGGGAAGAGAAUGAAUGAAUGCUGUGCAACAUGCAAUGCAUUACGGCUCUGCCAUUUUUUUUCGCUCAUAGCCUUGAAUGUUUGGUGGUUCUAUUUUCAGCAAGAACAGAAUGAACAAGAAGAAGUAAAAUCAUGUACUGAUAUCAUUUGAACAAGUUAAGUUACAACCCCAUGUGAGGUCAGGGGGCAUUUGUGUGAACUGUACUAUUUUGUUGCAUUGUAUAUUUCAAAACAUUUUUUAGAUGCAGCUUGUCUUGUGCUUGAAGUGUUAUAUAAAACAAUGCUACAAUGAAACGUACGAAAUGCAAUGGAGAACAUAACAAGUCAUCUAACAAAUUUGUUACUUUCAUUCACUGUUUUGCAGCUGGAAUAGACUAAACUAUUUUGGAAGCUGUAUGACCCUGUCUAGGAAAUCCACAGUUUCAUAUUCAAGGGGCGGUUUCCUGGACAAGGCCUAAGUCUAGUCCAAGACUAAAAUGCAUCUUUGAGCUGUCUUAACUAAAACCGCUUGCAUUCACAUAUUUUAAAAUAUAUCAGUGUUAUUGUUUUGUCUUGUUAUUUUUUUGUAAGGUAGGUUUCUAAAAAACUACUUAAAUAAAUAUUAUAAAAUAAUAAGGCCUAGUUGUGGCUUUAUCUACAACCGAUCUGGGAAAUCGCCCCUAGUAGGAGCAUCAAAGUAGUCAUAGUCUCAUAAAAAUGACUAAAAUUGGUA